GGUUUGUGCGCGGUACAGUUGCACGCACCGACUGCAGGAAGACUGUUUUCGCCACAGUGCCUACAAAGUGUUGAUAUUUUCCCUCACCUGUUGGUCGCUUUUCACUCAUCAUGGCCACGCGAAUUCGACCGAGUAGUAAGCGGUGUGCGGUCAUCGGGGGGUCUGGUUUCCUGGGCAGACACCUGGUGGAGAAGCUGCUGGACCGAGGCUACUCUGUCUCUGUGUUUGACAUCCGUCAGAGCUACGAGCUGCCUGGUGUCACCUUUCACCAGGGAGACCUCUGCGACAAACAGGCUCUGCUGCCAGCUCUGAAGGAUGUGUCCCUGGUCUUCCACUGUGCCUCCCCGGCCCCUGGCAGCGAUAACCGUGCACUGUUUGAGAGCGUCAACAUUCAGGGCACCCGCACCGUUAUUCAGGCCUGCAUCGAGGCUGGAGUACAGAAAUUGGUCCUGACCAGCAGUGCCAGCGUGGUGUUUGAGGGGACGGACAUUAAGAAUGGGAGUGAGGACCUGCCAUAUGCCAAGAAGCCCAUCGACUACUACACAGAGACCAAGAUUGAACAGGAGAAGUUGGUCCUCCGGGCUUGUGACAAGGAGAAAGGUUUCCUCACGGUUGCCAUCCGGCCUCAUGGCAUCUUUGGCCCCCGGGAUCCACAGCUGGUUCCUAUCCUGGUGGAUACGGCUCGCAGGGGCAAGAUGAAGUUCAUCAUUGGAGAUGGGACCAACUUGGUGGACUUCACCUUUGUGGAGAAUGUUGUUCACGGACACAUCCUGGCUGCUGAACGCCUCAGGCCGGACUCUCCUAUAUGUGGAAAACCAUACCACAUCACGAAUGAUGAGCCAAUUCGAUUCUGGGACUUCAUGUCUGAGGUGUUGGUGGGGCUGGGAUAUGCAGCUCCACGCUACCACCUCCCCUAUGCCCUUGUGUACGGACUGGCCCUGCUCCUCUGGCUGUUGGCCCUAAUCCUGCGUCCUCUAGUGUCCUUCAAACCCACUUUUACUCCAAUGAGGGUGGCUUUGGCUGGGACCCAUCACUACUACAGCUGUGAACGUGCGAAACAGGACAUGGGCUACAAACCGGUCGUCAGCCUGAAGGAGGGGAUCGCCCGUACGGUGCAGAGCUACCCCCAUCUCAGACAAGGGGCUUGAUGGCAGAAUGGAGAUGAAGACUGUUGAGACAUGCAGUGCUGUGGCUGUUAGUACAGUUAUGGUGAGAGUAAGGUGAUCAGGUCACACCGGAUGGACAAAUCAAAAUGAGGAAAGAGACAGUUUAUCUUUAAUCGAACCUCGCAAUGUGUAGCAUUUGUGUACCCUUUCAGUGUUGAUGUGUGAUUUUCACCAGCAGAUGGCAGCAGAAUGUCCUGGUUUUGGUCAACACAUUGCAGUCUGAUAUUUUUAGUUUUAAAGCACUUAGCAAACACUUUAUGUCAGCUUAGAUCUUACACUGUGAAAACUGCAGAGAAUUACGAACGCACCUGUUCUGUUUUCAUGUUUCACCUGAGUUCUGUACACACAUUGAGAUGCUGCUGCUGAUAAGUCAAAAUGCCUUAAUACAUUCCACUAAAUGAUGGUUCUCCUGAUACAACUCGCAUGAAAGUGAUUUUGUUUACAAUGUUUACUGGCAUGUGGUAUGUGGACAGGGAUUUAUUUAUUUAUUUACUUAUUGCUCUAAGGCUGUUUUAUUUAGUUGUAACUUUGCUUUAUAAACACCUUAGUUUGAAUUAAGAUAAGUUUUAAUGCUACAACAUGCAGUGAUUCUUUA